AUGGCUUUCGCACCUCUAAACGAGCUUGGUCUUGCAGGUAUUACCCUUUCAAUUGUGUUCCUGACAAUUAUAUGGUACAAAAGGACAUCAAAUAUACCACAGAAGACAGAACCUAGGUUGCCGCCAGGGCCUCGUGGCCUUCCAAUUUUGGGAUUCUUACCAUUCCUCCGCCCCAAUUUGCACCACCAGCUUACAGAGUUGUCUCAACAGUAUGGUCCAAUAUACAAGUUUUGGCUAGGAAGCAAACUAUGUAUUGUGCUGAAUUCACCAUCCUUAGCCAAAGAAGUAGUUCGUGAUCAAGACUCCGUUUAUGCCAACCGUGACUCUUCAAUUGCAGGAUUGCUGGCCACAUAUGGUGGAUUAGAUAUUGCAUUUUCUCCCUAUGGCUCCUACUGGCGUGAUAUACGCAAACUGUUUGUGAGUGAGAUGCUAAGCAACAGGAACCUUGAGGCUUGUUAUAGUCUUCGGAAACAGGAGGUCAGAAAGACAAUUAGAAAAGUGCAUACCAAGAUUGGCUACCCCAUUGACAUUGGUGAAUUAGCUUUUGUAACUGAAAUGAAUGUAGUCAUGAGUAUGAUCUUUGGCAGUAAUUUUGUAGAGGAGAAGGAGAAGCAUGCAAAAGAUGGAGCUGAGUUCAGGGAAUUGGUUUGA